GUUGUGAAUAUGUCCAAUACCAUUUAUAUAUUUUUUGUACUGUCUGCAAUAUCAAUUUACGUUACAUAUUGCGGAGUGCAGUUUAUUCCCGAGAGAGUUAAAGUUGUAUAUACCAAUCCCAAAUAUUUUCACAACUAUACGUAUUCCGUUAAAAGAUAUGGACGCAAGAGUGGUUACUACAUCAAUAUCGAGUCGACAUUAAAGCAGGAAUGGAAUAACAACGUCACGUUACACUUAAUAUUCAACCAAUAUCUUCAUAACGAGUACAGGCGUUCAUUUAUAGAGCUUCACUACAAGUUUUGCGAUCUAUUGAAAGACGAGAAAUUUUUCGCACCGAGAAUAAUACAGUAUGGAAUUAAAUGCCCUUUGCCAAUAGGCACAUAUCGUUUCACAAAUUUAACGAUACCGAUGGAAGAAUUCCCUAGCGUUUUUCCAUACGAGCGAACGCGCAUAGAUAUAGAAUCCACAAUAACUAGUACAAGCGAAAGUAUGUCGAAGGUGUACCUUUACUGUUCCUUUAAGAAUAUCAAGGUGUAAUUAAUUAAAUGAUUGUUUAAUUGUA